CACGAUGGCGUCGGAUGGAGGUAGUAGAGGUUCGGAUCAGAAGAGGAAAAAGCGUAGAGAUUUGGAAGAGGCCGCGGCUGGGGGAGAAGAGCCGCCUCUAGUAGUGGCUGUGGCUCAAGAAAGGGAAGAAGAGGAUGAAGAGCGGUGGGUCGGGCCUCUGCCUGUUGAGGCGGUCCAGGCCAAGAAGCGCAAAGUUCUUGAAUUUGAACGAGUAUACCUUGAAAAUCUUCCCAGUGCUUCCAUGUAUGAACGCAGUUACAUGCAUAGAGAUGUUAUUACACAUGUUGUAUGCACCAAGACUGAUUUUAUUAUUACUGCUAGUCAUGAUGGACAUGUGAAAUUCUGGAAGAAAAUAGAAGAAGGAAUUGAAUUUGUUAAACAUUUUCGGAGUCAUCUGGGAAUCAUUGAGAGUAUUGCAGUCAGUUCUGAAGGAGCAUUAUUCUGUUCUGUGGGUGAUGACAAAGCAAUGAAGGUAUUUGAUGUGGUGAACUUUGAUAUGAUCAACAUGCUAAAACUCGGCUACUUUCCUGGACAGUGUGAAUGGAUUUAUUGCCCAGGGGAUGCCAUAUCCUCUGUUGCUGCUUCUGAGAAGAGCACAGGAAAAAUAUUCAUCUAUGAUGGUCGAGGAGAUAAUAAACCACUUCACAUUUUCGAUAAACUCCAUACAUCACCCCUUACUCAAAUACGGCUAAAUCCAGUUUACAAAGCUGUAGUGUCUUCUGAUAAGUCUGGAAUGAUUGAAUAUUGGACUGGACCUCCCCAUGAAUAUAAAUUCCCAAAAAAUGUGAACUGGGAAUAUAAAACUGAUACUGACUUAUAUGAGUUUGCAAAAUGUAAGGCUUAUCCUACUAGCAUAUGUUUCUCACCUGAUGGAAAGAAGAUAGCUACUAUUGGUUCAGACAGAAAAGUUAGGAUUUUCAGGUUUUUGACUGGGAAACUCAUGAGAGUCUUUGAUGAAUCGCUAAGUAUGUUUACUGAGCUACAGCAGAUGAGGCAGCAACUACCAGACAUGGAAUUUGGACGGCGGAUGGCUGUGGAACGUGAAUUGGAGAAGGUGGAUGCUGUAAGGCUAAUUAACAUAAUUUUUGAUGAAACUGGACACUUUGUGCUCUAUGGAACCAUGCUGGGAAUUAAAGUCAUAAAUGUAGAAACAAACCGAUGUGUGCGUAUUCUUGGCAAACAAGAAAACAUUAGAGUCAUGCAAUUGGCUUUGUUCCAAGGGGUAGCUAAGAAGCAUCUCUCUGCAACAACCAUAGAGAUGAAAGCAUCUGAAAACCCUGUUCUUCAGAAUAUCCAAGCUGACCCAACAAUAAUUUGUACAUCUUUCAAAAAGAAUAGGUUUUAUAUGUUCACCAAACGAGAACCAGAAGAUACAAAAAGUGCAGAUUCUGAUCGAGAUGUGUUUAAUGAGAAACCAUCUAAAGAAGAGGUGAUGGCCGCUACACAAGCUGAAGGACCCAAACGAGUUUCUGAUAGUGCCAUUAUCCAUACAAGCAUGGGAGACAUUCACAUCAAGCUUUUCCCUGUUGAGUGUCCGAAAACAGUGGAAAAUUUCUGUGUUCACAGCAGAAAUGGUUAUUACAAUGGGCAUACGUUUCACCGUAUCAUCAAGGGUUUCAUGAUUCAGACUGGUGAUCCAACAGGUACAGGUAUGGGAGGUGAAAGCAUAUGGGGAGGAGAAUUUGAAGAUGAAUUUCAUUCAACAUUAAGGCAUGACAGACCAUAUACACUUAGUAUGGCUAAUGCAGGUGCCAAUACUAAUGGAUCCCAAUUUUUCAUAACAGUAGUGCCAACACCUUGGCUUGACAACAAGCACACAGUAUUUGGACGAGUAACAAAAGGAAUGGAAGUUGUCCAGAGAAUUUCCAAUGUCAAAGUCAACCCCAAAACAGAUAAACCCUAUGAAGAUAUCAGCAUCAUUAAUAUUACUGUCAAGUAAAAAAACAGAUUUUCAAGUUCAUUUUGAGAAUAUAUGUACAUUCAAGGCAGUGAAAGAUAAAAAUUUUAAAAACUUUAAGACUGAACUAUUUUCCAAACUAAUCAUGUAACUUACGUGUCCAAAAAUAUUUUUAUAUUUUAUUAAAAGUGAUUUAAGAUA